AAUUCAAGAAAGCAAUAAACCUUUCUUCAAAUUAUUAUUCUUUUCGAUUUUCUAACAUGGUAUCAGAGCUAUAAGCUCCUGGUUCUUUUCUCUUAUCAUCGCUGUUGGGUUUUUUGGAGUUGGAUUUUCAAUUCCAUUCCAAAUCUGAAACUUUGUCAUUGGGAUCUCUUCUCCUACAGAUUGGAUUGUUUAUCCUUGAUUCUCAGGCCCUUUUCUAAGGUAUUUUGUUGGUUUGUUAUUUCGAUCUUGGCAUCUAUUUCUUCAUAUUUUUAGAAUUUUUUAGUAUAGUGAGUUUACUGAUUCUAUGGUGAGUUUUGAAAGGAUUAUAACUCAUCCUGCUACUGCUAUGGUUGCCAAAGAAGUGAUAGAACAACCUAAUGUCAACCUUGAAUCCUUAAAAUAGGUGAUAUUAAAUCUUUUUAAUGCUUAUACUGCCUUAUCUACUGCUCCGGGUACCAAACCUUGGUAUUUCGAUUCUGGUUGUUGUAACCAUAUGUCUUCAAUUACUACUCAUUUCUCUUCAAUGUCGUCUAAUAAUUCCUUUCCUGAUAUUUAUUCGGCUGAUGGUUCCCCUAUGAAUGACCCACGGAUAGGACAACUUCUUAGAACUAGUUACAAGGUGGGGCGUUUGUUUGAGCUCAACUAUCUGCAUAUUCUUGAUAAUAAAAUGAUACACCAUCAUUUCCAAAUGGUCGAUUCAUCCAAACCCUGCUUUGUGCUAUUGAAUUAGAGUCUUUGCAAAUUCCAUAUCAACAAAUCUUCCAAGUCUGUGCUGCUACUAACAUUUCUCCUCUCCAUUUGUGGCAUUCACGACUCGGACAUACCUCAGUUGGUAAACUUCGUCCACUUAUCUCUCGUGGUUUAUUAGGAUCAGUUCCGAAUGAAUUUGUGCAUUGUGUGUCAUGUCAAUCUGCAAAGCAGCCAGCUUUAUCUUUUUCGAGUAGUCAUUCUCAUUCUACUGCUCCUUUUGAUCUUGUGCAUUCUGAUGUUUGGGGUCUAUCUCCUACACCCACCAUGGGGGGUUCCAGGUACUUCGUGUUAUUUAUUGAUGAUCAUACUCGUUUUACCUGGAUAUACCUUAUAAAAAGUCACUCUGAAU